AUUUAUACUUACCGCGCGAAAUUUAAACAGCAGCACAUUUUAAAUAAAAAUGACCAAUAAAUCGAAUAUUAUCGUACUAUCGUACAUUAUAGCAAUGGGAUUAUAUGUUGUAGUAGUGACUGCAGAUACGUGUAUUGCUCCUGAUGCCAUGUGUAAUAGAUAUGUUGGAGGAAAUGGAACCAUCAUUACACCAAGUGCCACAGUUCCCGCCCAUAAGAGUGUCUUAGUAGACAGUAGCAGUUAUCCAGAGGUCAUACCCCAUCAUUGUAACCAGAACAUGUCGAUAUAUAGACACCAACACAUAUACCUGAGCACAGACUUUUUCCUCUCUCCCAUGGAACCACUGGUUGUGAACACAUCCACCAUUGCGAGUGUGACUAAUUCUGUUUCCUCCGUGUCAUUCUCAGUUGAUGAUCUAGUGAUGGUGAUAGGUGGCGCUGUAUUCAAGUAUUUCACAAACACAAGGAGUUUGAUACAAGCAACAGGCAUUGAUGCAGCUGUAACAGAUGUGACAACCACACAAUGUUGUAGCAACAUCUGCCAUUGGUGCCAGGAGACUAGGAACUUAGUUGUGGCAUAUGACAGAGACACAGCAAUAGAUAAAAUGUUCCUGUCUAAAGAUGGGGGAGAAAAUUUUGAAACACUGAAUCUGACCAGUGCAGUUGAUAUAUCUGGUGUGACUGUACUCAGUAGCUAUAAGUCUGUUGCAGUCUUAGUGAAACUGGCCUCAACUGAAGCCAAGUUUGAAGUGUUCAACUAUACUGAUGCUAUAACUUCAUCACCAACUGUGAGCUUUACAAUAGAGGGCACUGAUCUACACUUCCUGCAGUUCCGCAGUGAAUUUAGCUCAUUAUUGGUCUGGGACUCAAAAAGGAUGUUCUACUCGCCAAAUAGCGGUCAUACAGUACACCCUAUAGAGUUAUAUCCCACAGUCAGUUGGAGCAGCCCAGAGUUCUUGCAAUCAAGUGAAAAAUUCCAGCAAGUUAUAACAGAUAAACAAGGAAACUUUGCUGCUCUUACAAAUCAACAGAGAUUGUUCUUUGGGAGAGAGGGUUUUAAGGCAGAAGCAGUUCUUCUGUCAAACAUUGGAUGUACUUUAAAUGCCAACUCAGCCAUAUUGUUUGAUCACCUUGGCAACAUAAUUAUUGUUGAUAUCGACAACAUAUCGCCUGGCAACAAAGUUAUCACCCUGGAGAUGUUCCAACUGGACCUUAAGACCAUCAUUACAUACACUAAACCAGCCUUGCCUAAAUGUCAGGUAAUUUUGAUUACUUGUCUAUAGUACAAGAAGUUAGUACAGUAAAACCUGUCUAAAUGGAAAGCCUUUGGUACCUAUAAUCGUGUUCCUCUUGGGAGGUGUUUAUCGAGGUGUU